CCCACCAAUACCACAAUGUUAAUGAGUGACCCAGGAGGCAAAGGAGGAGCCGCCUCCCCUUGUGGCUCCACGGACUCAGAGGCAGCCCCUACCUUCAUCCCAGCAGGUUCUCAGGACCCUCCACCAAACCACCAUGAAGUUCUUCGUCCUCACACUGUCCUUGGCCGUCCUGACAGGGAACUUCUAGAGGAUGUCUUUUUUAAUAUUAGCAGGCGCUUGCAAAACCUCAACAAAGAGUUACCUGAUGAGAUCGUGGAAGCUUUCGAUGUGUUUGUGGGGGUGCCAGCACUGGUUGUGGAAAAGGCUAUCACUGCCCUGUAUGACCUGCGGAGACAUGGGAGGCAUAACUUAGAAGCGCUCGACAAAGCUUUGCAAUCUGCCCUGGCGGGUUACGUGGAUCCCAUCCUAGAGAGGGUGGGACCGUACGCAGCAACCGUACGCAGUGCCGUCGUCGCCCAAGCCCAGGAUAUCAACCAUAAGAUAGAUGAGAAGCUGCCGCAGCAAGUGCAAACUCUGAGAACCCAGUUGGAUCCGCACUUUAAGAAGCUGCGAGAAUUGCAGGCAGACCUUCAGCCCUAUUUUGACCACACCCAGGAGCUGAUCAGAAAAGGAGUGGAGACAAUCCACAAGCACUUACUUAAGCCGUACAUUGGUCCCAUUGUGCAAUUGCGCCAAAAGUACAAAGAUGACUUCAGGGCGUGGGCUAGAGCCCCAGUGUUUUCCCCAAAUCCAUGAUUAUUUCUCCUCUCACAUGUAUACGGGGAUGGAAUCUCACACAGCAUCUAAAGAGAGAUCAGAAUGAAAAAGCUUACAUUGGUAAUUGUGUCUACAAGACGUUGGCUGGGAGGUGGGUUGGGUGGGCACAUCCUCUCCAGAUGGGAUAAUAAAGGAGUUCCUAACAACCUCUGCUAGAUGUGUGGCCUGUUUCCCUUUAACCCUCCUCCUUCUGUUGGCUCCUUCAUGGCAGCCGUGAAAAAGGCCAAUUCUGGGCUAGGGAUCAUUAGGAAAGGAAUUGAAAACUUAUGAUACCAUACUGACAUCAUACAAAUCUAUGGUGUGACCAUAUUUGGAAUACUGUGUACAGUUCUGGUUGCCUCACCUUAAAAAUGAUUUUGAAGUGUUGGAAAAGGUUCUGGAAAUGACAUUAAAAAAACCCACAGUCUCUUAGCUUAGCCUACCUUGCAGGAUUAUUAUGACUAUAAAAUGGUCCAGUCAUGCCACCUUGAGCUCCUUGGAGGAAAGGUGUGAUAUAAAUAAGUUGCUAUGGCAUUUUGGGGAGGAGGAGUGUCAAAAAUCAAUUUCCACUAUAGGGUGUCAAAACAGCUUGGCCUCAUCCUGAUUGUCUCUGCUUUGUGCCAGUGGAUUUAGACACUGGGGCAAGACCACAGGAGAAGGCAAGAGAAGCUGUGCACCACCGAGAGGCAUGUGAUCAUCAGUGCCCUUCUGUGUUAAUAAAUGACAAUGGAAUAAGGGGUGGACGUGGAUGGAACAGAUGGUUCUUCCCUUGCUCAGAGACAGCCCCUGCCUUCUGAACCAUCAUGAAGUUCCUUCUUCUCACACUGGCCUGACAAGUGAAUGGAAGGUCAACAUCAGGCUACGAGCUGCCCAGGAUUCCCCUUUGUUGCAUUGUUUAGUCGUUUAGUCAUGUCCGAUUCUUCGUGACCCCAUGGACCAUAGCACGCCAGGCACUCCUGUCUUCCACUGCCUCCCGCAGUUUGGUCAAACUCAUGUUCGUAGCUUCAAGAACACUGUCCAACCAUCUUGUCCUCUGUCCUUCUCCGUGUGCCCUCAAUCCUUCCCAACAUCUGGGUCUUUUCCAAGGAUUCUUCUCUUCUCAUGAGGUGGCCAAAGUAUUGGAACCUCAGCUUCACGAUCUGUCCUUCCAGUGAGCACUCAGGGCUGAUUUCCUUAAGAAUGGAUAGGUUUGAUCUUCUUGCAGUCUAUGGGACUCUCAAGAGUCUCCUCCAGCACCAUAAUUCAAAAGCAUCAAUUUUUCGGCGAUCAGCCUUCUUUAUGGUCCAGUGUGGGAAUACCACAUGGAAACAAAAGACAAAGGACAGAGAUUCAACCAGCAAAUCUCUGGGAGGAAAAGUGCGUCCUGCUCUCCCCUCGCCAGAUCUUUUUAUUACAAUAUCAAAAGGUUACAAAAAUUCAAAUCAUCCAAUAGAAUUCAUCCUAAGUUCUAAAACCCCUCCCAGGUUUCCUCCCACCUUGAAUCUGAUACUGUUGGGAAGAUCUGGAACUAACACCCAGAUGCUAAAAAGACUUCCUGGACUUCAAAGAAACUACAACUAAAGAAAGGAAAGGGGCCCAGGAAUUCUUGCAUAGAUUAACAGUGUCUUGUCAGAAAACAGGUUUGUCAGCUUUUCAAAGGCCAGCAGAAGGAAGAAGAUUAACAGAUGCCCUUUCACCCAGAUCUGCUUGAGCCAAAUGUUUUCAGCCAAAUGGCUAACUCAAUUUACACUAACUUGCAAUGUGCUUGUUUACCACUUGUAGCAAGGCCUGUAGAUCUGUGUAUCAGAUACGUGUCAGCAACCUGGUUUGGACUGAGAACACCCUACUCACUGAAUUCUUUAAUCCAGGAAUAUCCUGCUCAAUCAGUCUUUAUCCCAGGGUCUUCCAUGUAUCCUUUUUAUCACUGUACAGAUCCCUACAGUCCAGCUCUCACUUCCAUACAUCACUACUGGGAAAACCAUAGCUUUAACUAUACGGACCUUUGUAGGCAAGGUGAUGUCUCUGCUUUUUAAGAUGCUGUCUAGGUUUGUCAUUGCUUUUCUCCCAAGAAGCAGGCGUCUUUUAAUUUCGUGACUGCUGUCACCAUCUGCAGUGAUCAA